AUGGAGUUAGUCUGCGUCCGACUUGAGGUCAGCAAUGACCGCUGUGAACGGGCAGCAGCUAUGAAGUUCAUUAGGAGAUGGAUCAGCUUGGCUCUAAUAGAUGGUCAGGAGAUCCCUGUCUGCGCCGUGCGUUCCAUGGUGGCUAUUGCCAACAGCGGAGCCACGGACGUUGGAUUGAGAAGCCUAUGUCUUUCCACUCUGACCACGAUUCUGCUAAAGGACCCGAAAAAUGCCAUCAAAAAUGGUGCCUUAGGGUCUCUAUUCAAUUACGGCUGUCUCGACCCGGUCCUGUCGACGAUCCAUAUGGAGCCUAUAGUCUGGACUGUGGUCCAUGUACUCCAAGAUGGCAACCUUAGAGAAUACUCUAGGAGGCAGAUUGCUGUUGACCUCACACAGGUCUUCACUAUAUUCACCGGUUAUCGAGGUACCAUACCUGGUCUCCUUCUCCUAGCAGAGAAUCCUGAGGGAUUGGCUUCCCUCAUCAAACUAUUGAAGAAGCUUAAUGACAUGACAAUAGUGAAGGAGCUCCUGACACUGUUCCAGGACGUCCUGGGCUGGUGGUGCGUACCCCAGUUCGACCGUUCAUCGGCAAUCUAUACGGAUAGCGGCGACUUGCCGCGUAGACCUGAUUCGAUGGGAGGUGGAAGCGAGGACACUCAGGCUAUGCUGGUCCACCGCGGACUCUUCAGCUGGGAUCAUCCACGGUCGAGAACCCGCGGAAAUAGUGCCUUGAAUCUGGCAGCUCGAGGGAGAUCGUAUACCGGCAUAAAUGAGGAGUCCAAGGCAGUAUUGGUCUGCCGUAAAGAGCCUCCCAUGGACAUGACCCGAGUAUUCGGUGAGGCCUUCAACCUUCAUAUCCUCACCAUCUACUGUCGUCAUCAAGGUUCGUUACUAUUGAGGAUGCUCCUCACGUUUGGUCUGUCGUCUGCCGUCUCUUAUUUGGCUACUAUGGCCGACCCCAUGAAUGAACCUGUGGCCCAUCAGGCCACUAGUCUAGUCGAUACAAUACUACGAUGCGUCACGAUCCUCUUGCCUUCGGCUUCUUUUCCCGAUAUCCACCAUAUGACAUCGAUUGUGACCAGAGCGGCCAACUUCGACCAUGAUAAGACUUCCGUCCAACUCCGUUCAAGAUGCCUAUCGAUCCUUACUUGGCUUGAGACCGACACCUACCUCACUUGGACUAGCUAUCGAAGCCUCGGCUAUCCAGGGGUCUACUGGUGCCUCCCAUCGAGGGUACCAGAGUUGUCCGACAACGAUGCCAGUAUGAGCUGUUACGAGUACGGUGUGAACUCGGUCGGGUGUCUAUCGUGGCCUGGUAUGUUGAGGAUAGUCCAGCAGCCCCAGUUCGUGCCCAAUGCCACCGCCUAUCCUCUCGGGGUCAUCGCUGGCAGUAGCGGUGAUAGAAUAGACUGGAGCAAUAAAGAGCACGUCAUGAGGGUGAGUGAGUGA